GUGGUGCUGUGACUGGGCGGUAAAUGGAGCCAGGCUGUCCACACCAACCGACUCAACCUACACGCUGUGUCCAACUGGACUGCAAAGCACCACAGCUGAUCUCUUAGUGAAAUUCACAUUAGUGUGAGUAAAUUAACCAUCGCGUUAAAGCUUAAACACACAUUUUUUCUGAUGUUUACUGGUUAAAAACGUUUUCUACACGUGUGAAUGCCUUAAGAGGUGAUUUUACUCUGAACUUUGUUCGUUGUUUCCUCCAGUUCAGCAGUUGUUUUUUUUUUCUUUUCGUUCACCUGCCUUCGAUUCAGAACCUGAAGAAUUUCCGACAGCACUUGAAAGCAGCGUAGUGCUGAAUCACAACGAGGGCCUUCGUGAAUCCGUCAAGCCGCAAUAAACAAGAUGCCAUCCGGAUAUCGGUUAGUUUGACCUUCAAAACAAAACCUUCAAGCGUGUGGGUGUGGCUGUUACACGGAAAAGUUGCAUUGGACAACACUUUCUGAUAACUAAAAAGCGAGCACAGUAUCUUGUCAGGGAGAAAUGUUUGCGUACAUGUUCAAUGGAUGCGUUAAUCGGAUUUUAAACAGAGCUUCACUGAAGGUUAAGGCUGAUUAAUGUGUUUAAUCAUGACUGAAAGCAACAAGAAUGAUUUAUUAAGAAACUCCCGUUGCCUGUUUGAGAGCGAGCUGUGCUCACCGUAUGAGAUCUGCGUCAACGAUGGUAUGUUUGGGAGGUGUCACUCUGUUCCGGUGAAGGAGGUUUACACCUACGACGUCUCCCCGGCCGUAGUGCAACACUUCAGGACGCUGCUGGAGAAGCUCUCUAACAGAGGUUUGACCUGGGAAGAUGACACCACUCAGCAGGUUCUGUCCAAAGAGCUGUCCAAGCUGAGGAGGAUUCCCUACAGGCCGCAGCAGAAGGGAGGCGUCCACAGCACGGACAGCAGGGUGGCAGCUGGAGCCAUGGACCCAGAGGACCAGAGGGUGAAGCCAGUGGAGGUGGAGCUCAGCAGGAAUCUGCAGACGUACCUCCAAAGUCUCGGCCUCCUUCCCAAGACGUCUUCGGCCUCCAGCCUGAGGCAGGGCAAGACUGACCGUUUCCAGUCAGGCAUCCCUGCAGACUUCUAUCGCUCCAAGGCCCAGACUCCAUCCAGCUUUUCUCCUCUUUCAUCUUUCUUACCUGCACAGAAGCAGAGACGUCCAGCCGACCAGCUCUUUGCCUCGCAGGCUGAGGGGGACCUUCUCCUGGAUGCCCUAAGGCAGUAUCUCUCCUUGGGGGUGAGCCCAGAGGACCAGGAGGACCGGUUGUCUCGCCUGAGGCCCCCCUACAGCAACGGAAUAGAAAAUUCAGGACUCAAGAAAGAGAGUUCACAAUCGAGGCCUGUGAAGAUGGGGAGAACUCAGGGGGUUUCGGUCAAGGACCCACUGACCUCUGUGGAUGAGAAGUUCAUCAAGAAGGUUUUGAAGAAUGUUGGCAGGCAGCACGUGGACGUGGAUGACCUGACGCCUCAGGACUUGGACCAACUGUCCCGCCUGAUAGCUGAUGCUCUGCAGGUGGUUGACCGGGACCAGGGACGAAACCGGGACCUGACCCGGGUUAAACCUGGGCCGAGAGACCUGGGAGAGGGGCCGAGGGACAGGGAGGAAGAAGAAGAAGAAGAAGACAAGGAGGUUGGCAGGGAUGAGGAAGAGGAGAAGUUACUGGAGAAAGCUCCCACACUGAAACCACAGGAGAGCACUCCUGUAGCGCUGGCAGCACUUCAAGAACGCCACGGCGACACGGAGGAGCACAACGUGAAGGACAAGCCUGAGAGUGGAAACCUUUUCACCAAACUUCUCGCCUACCUGGACAAAACUUCCUCCAACGCUGCUCCUUCUGCAAGAAAUCUGAACGACGGCUCCUUGGAGACGCUCAGAGGCCGGCAGGUGGGGCUGGAAAACGUCCAGAGUCGGACCAGGGAGGUGGGGGUGACGGUGCAGAAGAAGGACGCCACUCAGUCUGUGGAGGAGGUGUCGGAGGUGGAGGGAUGGAUCAAGGAGGUGGCGCCCCCACCCGCUUCGCUUGUGUAUGAGGAACCGCACAAGAAGACGAUGCACGUUCCCGAACUUCAGCUGGACGUCAAAGCCAGCAGGAAGAAGGCCGACGACGACGUCUUCGGCUACGUCAUCACCGACACAGAUGGGCUGCAGACGGACGAAGGCCUCCAACUGAUGAAGAUCCUGGCUCGCAGGGCUAAAAUCCAGAUGACCGACUUCGCCAAGCUCUCGGUGGUGGGACCUGCUGUGACCUUCAAAGUGAGCCCAAACACUCAGAACGUCAGCACCGCAGAUGUGGCCAACGUGGCUGUUCAGCAGAAAGCGGCUCUGGAGAAAGAAUCUAAGCUCAGCAUCCUGGAGGCCGGAGUCACCGAUGGAAGCCAGAUCAACCAGAUCCCCACCAAGUACAGUCAGGCAGAGUCGACCAAGUUCCUCAUCCUCACCGUCGUGUCCAUCCUGUGCAUCGUCGGCGUGCUGCUAGCCUCCACCGUGGUCUACUGCCUCCGCCACCGCUCACACCACAAGCUUAAGGAGAAGCUCACCAAUCUGGGAACAGACACUACCAGCGAUGCUACCGCCACCUAUCAGGAGCUCUGUCGGCAGCGUAUGGCGGUCAAACCUCCGACCGAGCGCCCAGAGCCGAUCUCGUCCAGGAUCAACAGCGUGUCGUCUCAGUUCAGCGACGGCGGUCCGGCCCUCAGCCCCUCGGCGCGGAGCAGCAUCUCCUCCUGGAGCGAAGAGCCCGCCCACUCGAACAUGGACAUCUCCACCGGUCACAUGAUACUGUCCUACAUGGAGGAUCACCUGAAGAACAAGGACCGGCUGGAGAAGGAGUGGGAGGCGCUGUGUGCCUAUCAGGCUGAACCCAACGCCUGCACCGUCGGCAUGAAGGAUGGCAACGCCAAGAAGAACCGCUCCACUGCUGUUGUGGCAUAUGAUCACUCCCGAAUCACCUUGAAGGUGGAGAACAGCCAAGGCAACUCUGAUUACAUCAAUGCCAGCCCGAUCAUGGAUCACGAUCCCAGAAACCCAGCCUACAUCGCCACUCAAGGUCCUCUGCCCUCCACCGUGGCUGAUUUCUGGCAGAUGGUGUGGGAGAACGGCUGCGUGGUUGUUGUCAUGCUGACGCCUCUCGUCGAGAGCGGGGUGAAGCAGUGCUACCACUACUGGCCCGACGAGGGUUCCAACCUGUAUCACAUCUACGAGGUGAACCUGGUAUCCGAGCACAUCUGGUGCGACGACUUCCUGGUUCGUAGCUUCUACCUUAAGAACAUGCAGACCAACGAGACACGAACCGUCACUCAGUUCCACUUCCUGACCUGGCUCAACCAGAACGUGCCAGAGACCAGCCGGACGCUCCUCGACUUCCGCAGGAAAGUUAACAAGUGCUACCGGGGACGCUCGUGUCCUAUCAUAGUCCACUGCAGCGACGGUGCAGGGAGAACUGGGACCUACAUCCUGAUCGACAUGGUCCUCAACAAGAUGGCUAAAGGUGCCAAGGAGAUUGAUAUUGCGGCGACUCUGGAACACCUGCGGGAUCAGAGGCCGGGAAUGGUUCAGACCAAGGACCAGUUUGAGUUUGCAUUGACGGCCGUUGCAGAGGAGGUGAACGCCAUCCUGAAAGCUCUUCCACAGUAGGAAGGAGCACCUCCCUCUGAUGGACCCCCCCCCUCCUCCCCCUCCUCCCCCUCUCUAUGCCUCUGUAUUUCAGUGGUCAUCCCUUCUCCUCUCAUUCUUCCCUACUUUCUGUCUUUUUGUCUUAGCCCUUCCUGUUUCAUGUCCUCCUUGUUGUCUCAGUUUUUCCAGUCCCCCUUCUUUCAGUCCAGUUGCUAUUCAUUCCUUUCACCUUGUUUUGAUCCCUCUUUUGCCCUGUCUUCUCCUAAUGUCUCUUCCCAACUGCCCUCCUUUUACUUCUCUCACGAUCUUUCUCCUCUUUCGUCUCAUCUCCUCGUCUCCUUCCGUCCUCAGUAAACAUUUUGUCAUCAAGCUGUUGAAAGCGAUCCUGUACAUAGAUAGACCUCCCUUCUAUUGUAAUGAUCCAUGCAGCCUGUUUUCCAAAGUGACAUAUAAACACGUUUUGAUAGAUUGAUUAUAAAAGUUUCUCUAUGUUCUAUUAAGAGUAUAUUUAUGAUAGUUUAUGUUUCUAGAUGAGGGAUGACCUCGUCAGGGGCGUCAGUUGGGUGUCGAUUUGGCACUUGGCAUCACAAUACAUUUAAACUCAAUGCUGUGUGUUUUUAAGACCUUUGGUCAGACAGCGUUCGCAGUGUGACACAACAUCAGCUUGAACUCUGGGAAGCAGCAGUGGGCAUUUUUCUCAACAAUGAAGUGAUUAAAAGAAAAAAAAUAACAGAUUAAUCAUUGAGAAGGGUCGUUACCCUACCAGGACUCAUGAACAACCCUUUAAGUUCUGAGUUUUUUACAUUAAUUACAUUAAUUAGAGCAAACAUUAAUCUUGUUUUGACUUUGAUUGUGAAUCCAUCAUCACUAUCAUCACUAAAAUACUUUAGUAGAAGCCCUGGAUGUGAUUCAAAUUCCUCACGUGAUGUUUCAGUUUGCCACGUUGCCAUCUUAUUGAGCUGAUGCCACUGACGGGUGUCUUUUGAGUGUGUGUGCCAUGUUGAUCAUCAUGUCUGUAUCACAAAGUCAUAUUGUGUCUGAUUUUUAGUGCCAUGCUUUCUGAUAUGUUAUCAUGCAGUACGCUGUAGUGUAACUCACCAAUGCCCAGUGUUGAUCAGUACAAAAGACUCGACAAACAAGCCAUUUCAGAUAUUUUUCUCAGCAGUAAGUGAUGAUGAAACAUCUGCAAUUUUCCACCCAUUUUAAGAGAAAUAAAAAGGAUGCUGUUACUGGAUGUCAGGUGACGUAACAUGGGUAUGUUGUUUUUUAAUGUGUAAUUUUCAUCACCCCUAGUAGAAGCAAUAUCGUGUUUCUUCAAUCUGAAUCUUUAUCUCUUAAAGACAACCUUGUGGCUUGUCAGUGAAGUUACACUCAUGUCUGCCUUAAUAAACACACAGUAGAUGGACGGGAAAAUGUGUCCAGCCUCCUGGAAACGAGGCUAGCGUGCGGCGCUUCAUUUUAAAAUGGCCUUAUUCCAGCGGAUUAACCUGUGGAUUAAAUGCUUAAUGAAAAAUCCCUCUGAUACACACUGAAGAAGUGCAGUUAUCUUCUGUCCUGAAGUUUGUGAGAGUCUUUGAAGCAGUUCAACGGCGGUAAUGCUGUGUACUUUGAAUAAUUAAUCAUGAAUUAAUCUGAACAAGAGAACACUGGAAUGAGUCCAUUAUGAAAUGGAGUGUUUCUGACUAGUACCUUUAGGAUAAAAGAGGAUAGUCUUGCUUCUGAACAGCAGCUCUUCUAUGUAGCAUUAAAGGAUGAUUUGUACGUGUACAGUAGCUGAAGCUGUAUUGCAUUGAAAACACACGUCAGCUGGUUUUCACAAAACCAUCUUUUGACUAAUGGGGUCGUAAAUGAAAGGAGCUUGUUAAAUACAAACUACUUGUGCUUUACUUUGCUUUCAACCAAAUCAUGUUCCUGUUUUUUUGCAUUUUUGAACUAACACUGUUUUAUCUUUAGUGCAGGCAGCCGUUGAUUUCCGUUUGUUUCUGUCAGUGAUCAGUCUGUAAUUGUUACAAGACAAUGGAGAGUGUAAACUGUAUCUGAAACAAAAGUUCUAUUCAGAUUAUAUGUGCACGUAAACUGUUUGAUUAUCAUAUUGUAUGGAAAUGAAUCAAAGCCAAUGGCUCCCCGACGUCCAUCCAUAAACUGUCAGCAGUGCUUAGAACUAAACUCACUUCAAAACAUCACUAGUGCUUCACGAUGUGAUCAUCCAGACGGAUUGGCAGGACAACAGUAACCAUCAGGCUGAAGCAGUGCGCUUUAAAAUCCCUGUUUUUAAUGUGUCAUUUCCCAUUUUGGUUCUUGUUGGCUGAGAUUACAUUGAAAGCUAAGAGAAGAGUGCUCAUGUUCAGCUGAAGAAAGCUGUGCUUACAUUAUCUAAGGAUGACUUUGGAAAACCAGCUCAAAGUUUGUGUAAAAUCAAUUUCACCAUUUUGAGCUUCAAGUUCUAGUUUAGUUUGUCCAAUCUUACUUGGAUCACCAUUUGCAUACACAAUGCUACUAGUGCAUGGCUAUUUAUUCAGCAGAUUAUUGUGCUGUACUUUCCUGUAGCCUCAAGUUGAUCUCAGCCAAGCAAGCAAAUGUUGGUUCAUCUCCUCACUUUAUUUAACCCUGAAUUGAAUUAUAUGAGAAGCUCCAAGGACCUUAAAAGUGCAAAAGCCAAGGAUUAUCAUCUGUAAACAGAGCAUGUCAUAGUUCAAGAGUUAAAAAUGGUGCAGUAUCAAUAUGAUGUAAUGCAGCAGCAAGCCGGUGUCGUGCUGUUGGAAUCAGCUCAAUUUUUCAUCACAAAACUGAAAUGUGCUGCAAGAAACACUCCUUGUAACAGUUUGUUUCAUGUAGAAUGAGAUCGUAGUUUCUCUGCCGUUUGGAACAAUGCUGUCGUGUACAUUAUAAAAGUGUGAAACUACAUUGAAAGAACAGAAGCCUUCUGAUUCUACUCUGUUCUACAGUGUGAGUCAAAGCUAAGCUUGUUAUAAUGAGUGUUUUUUACACAGUGAGGAUGCUCGGUUGGUCGUACCCCCCCAGUGCUGUUGUUUUUAUCACACACUCCAUCAAGAAUCAGUAGAUGGCCGGUCUCUUGCAUUAACACUGUACAUAAACAAAAAAACAAACCAAAAAAAAAAAAACAAAGAUAUUUUGUUCUAUCGGUGUAAACAACUUGUGAAUAAAGUCUCAUUGUCGAUGCAGUUACUGUAAUGCAUUCCUGAA